UCUGAUCACUGCUGAAGUCGCUCCCGUUUGAGUGAUUUGCUCCCACUGCGCGGAACCGGUCUCAUGUGGUCUAAAGGCUUCACUGUACAGUGCGGCACUGACUGUAUUUUGUGGGCGAAAUGUGGCAGUCAAUUGCGCCCCACAAACAGUGAUGGCCCGAAGUGACCGAACUUAUCAUUGAUUGGAAGGAUUAUUAACCACAGAAAACAACAACAAAUGACAUUUCUGUAACGCCUUUCGGGCGAUCGGUCAAUCGACUAACGACCGGGUUCCGACUCGCUGCCCGGUGACCGGGCGCGUGGAGUCAGGGAACGUGGUUAACGUUUGGCCCGGCCCGGGCAUCGAACCCAGGUCCUCUCUCGCUUGGGACGUCCUCCUGACGUGAAAGGCGCUCUAUAAAUGGAAUCUUGUUGUUGUUGUUGUUGUUGUGAGGCGAGUGCUCUAACCACUCGACGACAGGACUCCCACUGUUCCGCGUGUGUGCUUCAGGGGUCAAACGCUUUGAGACGCCCUCCCGCCCUGAAAGGGGUUGUAUACCUGUAUCUUACCUGUGUGUGUGUGUGUGUGUGUGUGUGUUUAUCAGUGUGUAUGUAUGUAUCGUAGUGUGAGUGCGUUUAUCAGUGUGUGUGUAUCAUAGUAUGUGUGUGUUUAUCACAGUAUUUGUUUAUCAGUGUGUGUUUAUGAAUGUGUUUUUAUCAUAGUGUGUGUGUAUCAUAGUUUGUGUUUUAUCACUGUGUGUGUGUGUGUGUGUGUACCAGUGCGUGCGUGCGAGUCUCUGACUGUUCAGUUGCAGGCUUCAUCCGGUUAAACUUUGAGCUGUGGAAAUGAUGUUAAUGUGUUUAGUUAGUGAUAAGCACUAAGAGAUAAACAGUUGCUGGUGGCUGAAGGCAGACAGAGGGGAGAGAUGUGGCGACGAGUGGUAGUUUACAUGCAGACGGUGCUGCUGUUGGUGUGUAUUUGUGUGAGGGUGGCUGUGGGCCGGGUAAUGCUCACCCUGUUCCCGGCUACCACGAGGAGGCUGGAGCUGAGAAACGGCCUGAAGACCACCAUGACCCUGAACCCGCGGUUCCGCUUUGAGGACUGGGGCCCCAGUAUGUUCAGUCUGAGCUCCCUGCGGGCAGUAACCACCAGCAUCAUCGCCAACAGCGGGGAUCGAGCCUUCCCCGGCCAGCCAGCCCCCGACACUACCCUCAUUGACCUGGACAACACAGCUCACACUAUCCGCAGCUUCAUCAGGGGGAGCCGGCCGCUGGUACUGAGUUUUGGCAGCUGUACCUGACCCCCGUUCCUCUUCAAGCUGGGCGACUUCAAGAAGCUGGCCGAGGACUUUGCCCAGGUCGCUGACUUCCUCAUCAUCUACAUUGAGGAGGCGCAUGCCACAGAUGGCUGGGCUUUCAAGAACAACGUGGAGAUCAGACACCACCAGAGCCUGAGUGACCGCCUGAGCGCAGCCCGGCAGCUGCUGAGUGAGGGGCUGCCCUGCCCCUUGCUGGUGGACAACAUGGACAAUCAGGCCAGCGCUCUGUAUGCAGCUCAGCCCGAGAGACUGUACAUCAUCCAUAACGGUACCAUCAUCUACAAGAGUGGAUUGGGUCCCUGGGGGUACAAGCCAGAGGAAGUACGUGGGGUUCUACACACACUAGAGUAAAUCACUGAACUGUUGCCAGCGAGAGACAGAGACACAGACCAGCCUCGUUAACAGCAGCAAACCUGAAAACCUUUACCAAAGGAACUCUCUCCCUUAUUCAGAAUGAUUUUCUCAGCCUUAAACGCUGUGGCUGGGAGCUGAUGUGUUGAAUACGGAGAAACAGCUCUUUUGUUCUUGGUUAGUUUCUGGAUCAGGAGUGAUCGAACACUCAACAUCCUUUAUCUGAUUUCUUACUUCACAUUAUGUAUUCUCUGCCAUUGUAUCUGCUGUUCUGUUUAUGGUGACCCUUUCCUGGGAAAUGCUGUGUAACGUGUGGAGGGAUGGCCUGGGAAUCACACAUGCAUUAUCUUAGUCACUCCCUGGGGUGUCAGUGUCUGUGUAAGAUUAUGUUUGUGAUGCAUUUUUUUUUAAAAAAGGCUUUUAAUUAAUUUCUGUAUACUUUUAGAAUGUAACCUGCCCAUAAUCCUUUAAUAAAGUGGAUUUGAUGUGGUGUGGCAGGGUGUGUGGAUUUGAUUUAAUGACUAGUUUAGCAGGGCUUAAAAAUAGCUUUGCUGGACCAGUCGAGGUUAGCUUCUGAUUAUAUUUCAUAUUUUCCUGGGAAGAUGUUCACUCCUCUGAGAUAAUUAGCAAUCAGAUCCUUAAGCGCAGAACAAUGGACCUCAGAAAGAAAAGGCUACAACCUCAGAAACCUGCCUAACCCAAGGCUGAAAAACACACAGGCUGGAGAAGGCUGCCAACACAACAUUACUCAGCUCUCUUUCUCCCUAUCAGUUUUUUUCCCAUAGGAAAAGAGCCCUCACAAGGUUGCUAGAAGCUUGUAAAAGGGUGGGGGCUUCAUUCACUGUGACAAAGGGAGGCAGGGUUAGAAACUCAUAAAAGAAAGAUGUAACUAUGGAAUAGGUGAAGUCAAACUAGAGGGUCAGCACUUCUUCCCAGUGGGACCGGAAAAUAUCGAUUUUAGUGUAUCUAUUGCUUUAGUUUGAGUUUGUGUGAUUUACUUAAUAAACUUUGGAUUAUUACACAAC